ACUCAAGGUCGUGGGCUUUGACUAGUUGUCAUGUUAGACGAUUGUAAUAGAAAAUAAAAUAAUAAAUAGAUAACCUCCAUUCUGUUAUGGUAUAUAUAUACAUAUCAAACGUCUUCAUAUACUUCCUGUUUGCUAUGCAAUCCCUCUAUUUAUUCAGUUGAUGCUUCAGUUCAUAAGAUUGUAUGACAAGAUUACAAUUGCUAUCCUAAAUCUGAUUAUUUCGUCCGCAAAUAUAGUCUCAUCAAAUAAAUAUGUAAAUUGCUGCGACUUAUCAGGUACCAUGUUCAACCCAGUAUAAUUUUAUUUCCCUGCUUCGAAAAGCUGUGAAAACGGAAUUUUUUGGAGCGUAAGCCAAACCAGUCGAGGAAAGACUUUGGUUGAGCUGUGCUAUAUCACUAAGUUCGUUUCGGAUAUGCAAAUCAUCUCAAGAUCACGGUCUAUAUUUCCAUAAUAGGGAUAUUAGCUAAUGUGAGAAAUGAAUAUUAUUUCUAUGUUCUGGGGUUCCAUCACCAAUCGACUUCAGAUAUAAUCCAAGGACUAUAAACUCCAUUUUAUUGACCCACUUCUUAUCAUAUUAUUAUCUUUCUGUCUUCUAAUUGGUUAAACGGGUAAAAUUCUCAAGGUCUUACGACAGCACAGCUUUGUAAAGACUUUAUAAUUAGACUUCGCGUGCUAAAUAAUUUCCGUGAAUGCUUCCUCUUUGUUCCUGCAGUGACCAGCUAACAGAGGUUUUCUAACCUUUCAACUAUGUUUUCCCAAUAUCCACUCAUAUAAUUGUAACUUUUCCAAGAAGCUACGGUUCGCUUGUUAUCUGUGUGAGGAUCUAGACAAAAUACCCUCCGUGUCCACCGACCCGGUUAAAGCCCAGGACAUUCUUUUGUCAUCCGCUCAUUUUCGUGAACAACACCCACUGCGAGAAGUCGGUGAGUAGGGCUUCUUUGGUAGUGGUUGUAUACACGUGGCCAUGUGAGAGCAUUUCGAGAGGGAGUUGACUGUCCGCACUCUAGGCCGUAUCAAGGCAUUUGGGGGCAAUUAUGUACUAUAUAUGAUGGUAAAUUACUCUAUGGAAGAGUUAAUAUGACUACAUAAAUACUCAGCUUAUCCCACCUAUUGCAAAAGUUAAAUACCCAUCUGCCUAAAAACGACAAGAAUGUUGAUCUGUGAAUCAUCAAGUUCUAGGAUCGAAUAUAAACAUCAGCUUCUAUUAUUGGAUCAUAGUUGAGUAUACAAUAUUAGUGUUAGGUGUAGAGUGCUAAGUGAAAAUGAUGAUUUUAUUAAUAUGAGGUGAUCAUAACGUGAGAUAAGUGGGCAUCUAGUAUAACGGUUAUCAUAUGAGUAGAUUAUUAAAAGCUAAGAACACUCAAAUAAAUACUUGGCAUCAGUCCAUAAAGUCAUAGAAUGUUAUUCCGAAUUGCAUAGAGAGAUUCUAGCUUCGUUGUUAGAGUAUUCACAAGAAUAAUCAUGAUAUAAGUUCAAGAGCUUUAGUUGACAUGCAUUAAAAUCAGUCUCUAUAGUACAAGUGCAUUCAUUAUUUACCAACUCUUAUAUCUGGGACAUACUAUUCUAUAAACAUCAUUCAGUUUUCUUUGUAUCUUUUUUUCACUUUUGCUGUCAUUAAAUUGUAAGUUUUCCCUCGUGUUGACACAAAGUAUUUCAAAAUAGGUAGAUACUUAUUUGCGUUAGAUUUCCUGUUAUUAUUUGUUCGUGUAUUUCCUACUCAAAUUACAAGUAUAUUUCGCAGUAUUUGAAUGAAUUUAACUUCAACAAUCAUACAUUUUUCAUAACAAACGUGAAACUUUAAAAUUAGUAGCCGUUUGUUGAAUCAAAAGCACACUAAUCUUCCAGUUAAAGAAACUGCUGUUUAGAGUCGUGUUUUUUUUUACUAUUACUCUUGUUUGUCGCAGCAAAAUCUAACGUACUUAUCUAGUAAUAAGGUAACUAAUUGCUACUCGUUAACUCUACGAAGGUUUGUGUACUAAGUAAACAUGUAUUAACCAUACUACCGUGUUAGUUAAAUUAGUAUGGUUAAGGUGAGUUUAGACCUGAUCCAAAGAUUAAGAAUCGAGCGGCCAGGCCACUGGCUCGUUAUUUUACACUUACUAUUGUAGAUAUGAAAAUAACCCAUUGUGUCAUUGAAUAGAAAUAAAGAGAAUUCAGCGAAGAAAAUUUUCUUAACGACAUAAAACAUAAUUAUGUAACCACGACCAAGUCCAUCAAAUGACUCACAUAUUUGCUAAAGGAUAAUAUGAAUUCGAGUUAUUUAUUUAAAUUACCGUUUACAUGUCCAUCACAGUUCCCUACCUUCACACGUUCAAUUAUCAGCGUGGUGUUUUUUGGGAGCGAUCAUUAUUCAUUACCUCAUUUACACGCCUUGGAAGAGCGUCAAUCUCAGCAUAAAGAUAUUCGAUUAUUGUUUGUGGUUACUACCUCGGAUAAAACUCCUGUUAGAUAUCAUUGUAUUCAGAAUAAAAUAGAUCACGUGAUUUGGCCACGCACGCUUACGAAUAAUUCAAUAAUCAUCAACGCUGUUAGUCAACGAAUAGAUAAAUUGCAAAAUAUUAAUUCCUUGGAUAAGCCAGAGAAAUUGUUAGGCGUAAUUGUUUCAUUUGGCCGGUUUCUACCCUCAUCACUAUUGUCUUUAUUCAAUUAUGGAUGCUUUAAUAUACAUCCAUCAUUAUUACCAAGGUGGAAAGGUUCUAACCCAUUAUUAUAUACUUUAUUAGCUGAUGAUAAAGUUACUGGGAUUACCUUAUUCCGAUUGAAUCCGAUGCAUACAACUUUCGACUCUGGAUCUGUUUUGUAUCAAAAGUCCAUUCGCCUACCUUGUAAUAAGAAUACAAUGUUAACACCGAAUCAAUUAGCUACAUAUUUAAUGCCACACAGCAUUAAUGCUAUGUUUGAGGUCAUUUUAUAUCCUAACUUACCAUAUUUAGUUGGUGUUGAUCAAUCGGUGAUUUCAGCGAAAUUUCAACUUCCAAUAACGUAUGCUCGUAAACCUCAACCCCACAUGGGUUUGAUAAAUUGGCAGAAACAAUCAGCUGAAGAUAUAAUUCGAUAUUGGCAUGCAUUUCAAGGCACUUGUGUAAAUUUAUUUACGGAGCUUUGUUUAUUGAACAUUGUACAAGAAGAGAAAGAGAAUAAUUCUUUAAUUGCAAAUUUUCGUCUAUCCGAAUGUCCAUUGUUGGUACCACACGUUGAUCAUGUCUCUAACAAUAACAAUGGACAGAAUAAUGCUGAAGCUGCCGAUAUAUACUGUCCAAAUUAUGAGUCCAAAGUUAUGGACUAUCUCAACGAGGCUUCAGUUCUUCUGCAUCAACCACGUACAUCAUCAUUACCACCUGGAAGUAUUGUAUAUUUACGUUCACAAAAAGAUGUGAAGCAUCAUUUAAUACCAUACACUUUCAUUGCUUGUAAGCCAAACAAUUCUUCACCUAUUAUAACCCAGAUUAAUUCUGUAUCAUGGUUAGCUGUUAAAAGCUUUUUAGUGAAUUGGCCUAAUUCAUCAACGAAGAGUCGUCAUUUAACAGCUAUUGAUUUAUAUAAUGGUUAUUUCUUAAAAUAUAUUCAAUCACUAUCAUCGACACUCCCGAUAUCUGUAGUAAAUGAAGGGCGACAUUCUCAACAAUUAGGUGUACGUUAUUUUGGUGAGUUUCGGUCUAACUCUUCGUCUACAUCAUCUUUACUAAGUGGUAAUAAUAAUGAUGGUAAUACCUUAAUAAAACCUUGGAAUGAAUUAACACCGACUAUUCUACCUUCUGAUUUACAAUCAUCAUCUGAUAUGUCAAUCAUUGUAAAAAAUGUACAUAGUUGAUAGUUUAAAUAAAUGUUUUUAAUAGUAA